CGCACAAUAUAUAUUGAGAAAUGAUUCACAGAGAUUGCAAGACUGACAGUCAGAAAUCCCAUAAAUUUCUCAUUUGAUUGAGGACAAUCUUUCGUCUUUUCCAUCCCAUUAUAAACAGGUGGACAGACGGACGGUAGCAAUGGCUGAAGGGGGUUCUGAAAGUCCUUGCGAUGAAACUGAUGCAACGACAAGUUUGCAUUUUGAGCAGACACGUAUCCAACUUGAACGCCAAGUGAGCCGUGAUGACGUUGGGGAGCAAGCGACUGUUCUCCUUCAGCAUUUCAUCGUAGAACGAUUCCAGCAGGAUGGUUUUGCCGAUGCUCCGGGGCUGGAUGACCUGAGGGCGGGGCUCGCUGUGCCGAGUGAGCAAGAGGUUGUCUGGUCAGAGGUCGGGGUCAUGUUGAGGUCAAUCGGAGACACGUUAGACAGGGAUCGAGAGCUGCAGAGGAUGAUAAGCUCUGUUCCAGUCGACUCACCCAUCGAGGCCAUCAUAGCAGUGGCACAUGUCAUCUUUGGAGAUGGUGAUAUCACAUGGGGUAGAAUAGUUGGUCUCUUCUACUUUGCUUACAGGAUGUGUGCUAGGGCAAUAGAAACAAUUAUGGAUAAGAGUUUUCCUAGCUGGAUCAACAAGCUGAUCAAGGAAGUCGUCAAGUUCCUUGUUAUCAAAUUCGCCCACUGGAUUGUUAACAAGGGUGGAUGGCUGGCCAUCCGUGAAUAUAUGGGCUCACCGACCUGGAUAUGGGGGACCCUCAUGACACUCUCUGCUAGCUGUCUCAUCUUCUCCUUCUACAAGCUAAGUAGAUGAAGAUUCAUUAUCACAAACCUACAUGAGACAUAAGAUGUGGGACUGUGGGGAAAUAUUUGUGAAAUAUUAGAACUGUCAAUCGACUGACUCGUAAACAAAAAUGGUCUUUCUUCAAGUGAGAUACUGUACUAUGGAUCAAAUUUGUUUUGUUUCUUUAUCCAACUGAGUAGAUACAGAUUCAUCAUCACAAACCUACAUCAGAUGUAAGAUGUGGGACUGUAGGCUAAUGUUUGUGAAAUAAUACAAAUGUGAACUUCAUCGUAGAAAUGGUAUUUAUUCAAUUUGGAUAUGGUGGACUUUUGUCAUGGAGGUGGAACAGUAGAAUGCAUACAUGUAUGAUAUGGUAAGGCAUCAGAUAUAUGAGAACUGUCGAUUAGAAUAAACCAUCGAAAAUAAUAUUGCUAUUGACAUUUGUUUGUCUCGCAAUGUAUGGUCAACAAGGGAUAUGAAAGAUCACGACGUUUUGUGUGCCGCUGCUACACUUCGUCAGGUGAUAUAUUUAAGCAUUAGAAUAAACCAGUUUACUCCCAUAUAUAGAAAUUUAUGGAUGUUUCUUUCCUGGGGACCUAGUAACGAGGUAUUCCAUUGAUAAUGAAUGAACUACGAUACUUGGAAUCCAGUCUGCUUACGUUACUUGUUGCAGUGUCUGGCAAGCCUCGGACAAGCUUUCAGGUUGUCAAACCAACCUUUCUUUAAACAGUAUGCGUAAAAUUGGAAUAUGCUAGUAAACCGGUCUUUUGUAAAAAUGAGAUAGAGUAGACCUUCGUUAACGGAGCUGCAUCAGCAGAAACAUACAUGAGAUGCAAGGUAUUGCACUGUUACGACUGAAACAUUGUUCUACAAGUUUUCAGCUGUGAUAUGGUCUAGUGAGUAGAGAGAGCUACAUUUAUCAGAGGCAUACACAGGAUUCAAGGUGUAGGUUUGGAAUGAUUCCGGAAUAUUGAAACUUGAUUGUGGGAAAAAUCAAGGAAUUUUGUUUUCCUAAAAUGCUGAAAUCCCUGAAAUAGCUAGAUGUACAUUUGUUUUAUUAUUACCAUCUAUAUUUGCUCUGUUUUUAAAUUUAAAAAAUUAAUGUUUUUAUGAUUUACCAUUGAAUAGUGAAUCAUGCUGCAAGAUUAUUAACUCAACUUGACAUUGUUUGGAUUACUAUGCACCUUCUCUGAAAGUAUUAAUAGUUAACUGCAUAAACCAUUCAUGAUGGAAAAAAUUGUAUGCGGGAACCUUGUCUCAAUCAAAACUGUUGUGAGAUUAUUUUUGACUGUAUUACUUCUUUUUAUUCAUUUAUUUAUUUGUAUUUAUUUUUUUUCUUUAUUUUUUUUAUCUUGCAAGAACUUGCCAUUUACAUGUGUGCCCUCGAUGCCAAUUUGUUGUAUUUAUUUAUUUAUUCAUUUAUUAUUUAUUUAUUUAUUUGGGCUGUUAUGUAGCAAGAU